AUGGGCAUGGCUUCUGUCGUCCACAACGGCGUCCACAUUCCUCUGAAGCUCAGUUCACGCUUGCCUAGGGUUUCAUCACCAUCUCCAGCCCCAAAGUGGGCUAGGCCUCACUUAAUUCACCUUCAUAUCCCUCGCAUCCGCACAGGUGGUCACAGUCGUCGUGGCCAAUCUGCGCCGAUUGCACGUUCUAGAACAACUGAGCAAGAUGAUGAUUUAUCCAUUUCAGAAGGUGAGAGGGUCGAUUCUCGGUCACGUGAUGACUUUGGUGAUGUGGACACCUCUCAUACUUCCUCUCCAGAGAAAACGCAGGGACGUGAAGCUUAUGUUUCUUCCGUGUGCGCUGCGGUAGCAUUUGGUGUCGGUUUGGGUUUCAAAGAUGGAGUUGGCAAGGCAACGGAGUUUUUUGCUGGGUAUUUGCUGGAGCAAAGCUUAUCAGUGGACAAUCUGUUUGUCUUUGUUCUGAUUUUCAAGUACUUCAAAGUGCCAAUCAUGUAUCAGAAUCGGGUGCUUUCAUACGGUAUUGCUGGCGCAGUCGUCUUUCGUUUCACAUUAAUACUCCUAGGAACAGCCACACUGCAGAGGUUUGAGGCGGUGAAUCUUUUCCUGGCUGCAAUACUCCUUUACUCAUCCUUCAAGCUAUUUACCAGUGAAGACGAUGACACUGAUCUAUCCAACAACUUUGUUGUGAAGACAUGCCAGAGAUUUAUCCCUGUCACGUCGAGUUAUGAUGGCAAUAAAUUUUUCACAUUUCAAGAUGGUGUGCGAAAGGCCACACCUUUACUUCUCACGGUAGCAGUUAUUGAGCUCAGUGAUAUAGCAUUCGCUGUCGACUCCAUACCAGCAGUUUUUGGUGUUACUCGGGAUCCUUUCAUAGUGUUCAGUUCUAAUCUUUUUGCCAUCGUAGGUUUAAGAUCACUUUACACACUAAUUUCUGAGGGUAUGUCAGACUUGGAGUAUUUACAGCCAUCAAUUGGUGUUGUUCUGGGCUUUAUCGGGUGUAAGAUGAUCCUGGAUUAUUUUGGGUUCCAUGUAUCAACCGAGGUGUCUCUUGGCUUUGUAGCUACAAGUCUUAGUGCUGGGGUGCUGUUAAGUCUAAUGAAGAAGUCUGACUAG